UCGUCUCCCCUCUCUCUUUUGUCAUCGACCCUUUACAUAAACCCUAGCUCCCUCACUCUUUCACUCCUCACCGCCUCUCUUUCUUCUCUCUAUCCUUAUCGGUUGACUUUAAGUGUAGAAACCUGUCCAUUGGCUCAAGAUGAGUCGGCCAAUGGAGGAAGAUGGUACCAAGAAUGAGGAAGAGGAGUUCAAUACUGGUCCGCUUUCUGUUCUGAUGAUGAGUGUCAAAAACAACACUCAGGUCCUCAUCAAUUGUCGUAAUAACAGGAAGCUUCUUGGCCGUGUGAGGGCUUUUGAUAGGCAUUGCAACAUGGUCCUUGAGAAUGUUAAGGAGAUGUGGACUGAGGUCCCAAAAACUGGAAAGGGCAAGAAGAAAGCACAACCGGUCAACAAAGAUAGAUUCAUCAGCAAGAUGUUCCUCCGCGGUGAUUCUGUGAUUAUUGUACUUAGGAAUCCUAAGUAAAUGUAAUACAGCUUUUGGAAUUCCAAGGAUUUGUAGAAAUGGGUUUUGUACGAGUGGUAGAUUGUACAUCCCCUAAAAGUUGCACAUAAGCAACUGCGCCUUCAUCCGUAGUCUGGAAAAAUUGCGCGCUAAUUAGUUAUUUAGACUAAUGAAUGACAAGGAUAUGUUUGAGACUC